AGACAGAGAAGAAUAUAUGAAUCUUCAUGAAUACUACUAAUCACUUCCCAUCUAUAAUUAUUCUUGAUAAUAUAUAUAAGAAAGUGUAUUUAUUUAAUUAUCACAACAAAGAAAAAUUGUAAGAAAAUGGAGAAAGCAAUUACCAAAGUUGGGAGUAUUUUGAUAUCUAAGAAGGCCAAGCAAGAACUAUCCACCAUUACUGAUGAGCUUUCUUCAAUUUCAAGCACAAUAGAAGGCAAAGCAAAGUGGGUAUACAACAAGUUAAAGGGCAAGACACAAAAACCUUUACCGGAUCUUCUCCGAGACUUCAAUCUUCCGGCCGGCCUCUUCCCACAAAACAUUACAUGCUACGAAUUCGACGAGCCGAGAUCAAAGUUGAUUGUUUAUAUGUCAUCUCCAUGUGAAGUAUGUUUUAAGGACUCGAGCAUUGUAAGGUAUGCUAAUCGUGUUAAGGCCACAUUAUCCAAAGGAAAGCUUGCACAUAUUGAAGGUAUGAAAACCAAAGUGUUGGUGUGGGUUAAAGUCACAAGCAUCAAUGUUGAAAGCUAUACGUCUGAUAAGGUUUGGUUCAUAGCUGGUGUUAAGAAAUGUAGACCUAAACAUGCUUAUCAAAUUCUUCGUGAUGCUGUUAAAGUUGACGAAUUUUGAUUUAAUUUCAUCAUAUCAUCGUAUUCAGUUUAUUUCCUCAUAGGAAAAUUUUUAAUUUAAUUUGUUGUAAUUUUUUGUGAAUUAAUUAUUUUUAAUGUUACAUGUUUUAUUUUUUAAUGUUAGAGAGUUAUUGUACAAAAUAUGAA